AUGAGUGACAACAACGCUCCCGAUUUAUCCAUCGUGGGUGAUCGCCUAACACUACAUCCUCCUGGCGUCAUUCAGGACCAGGAGACGCCUCUCCUGACUUCAUUCGCUCGAUUCCGUUCAGCCCCUUUGGAUUUUCUGCGAGAAGUCAGCUUACAUCUCUCUGGCACUGGUUGGCGCUCAUACGAUGACUUCAUUGGUCGAAACAUAUUCUACAAUGGCUUCAGCGACCACAUCAAAGCCUUGGUCUUGAAGAAUCCACGAUUGCAAUCUAGAAUCUCUGAACUAGCUCACAAAAGACUUGAUGUUGAGAUUGCCGAAGGAACUCUUCCGAGCCACAAGGCCGACGAGAGACGUAAAGAGAUGGAGGCUCAGUUAGUCCAGGUCGCAGAUUCUUGGACGGACCAGAUGAUCUGCAAGAUGGACAGUAGAAGAUUUAUUCGUGGUGCAUACUACUUUGCAACACAGCUUCUCACGAGAGCCUAUCACCAGGGUAUCCACGUCUCUAGCGAUGAGGUCCUGCGCCUUCGAAAGGUUGCUCAAGAAGCAGAGAAGAAGAAACAAUCCAUCAUCUUUCUACCAUGUCAUCGCUCACACGUCGACUAUGUCUCAUUACAGCUCAUCUGCUAUCGCCUCGGUCUCGCCCUGCCCAUCGUGGUGGCUGGCGACAAUCUCAACUUCCCCGUGGUUGGUCCCUUCUUACAACAUGCUGGUACGUUCGAUUCUUCGUCGGGUUGUUCUUCACUGACUCUUCCGNNAGGUGCCAUGUGGAUCCGUCGUAGUUUCGGUGACGAUGCAUUGUACACAACUCUCGUUCAAGCAUAUUUAGACACCUUGUUACAAGAAGGUCACAACUUCGAGUGCUUUGUUGGUAUGUAUCAUCUACCCACCUCCGCUGUACACCACUUAUACAUCUCCNNAGAGGGCGGUCGUUCACGCACAGGAAAGCUCUUGCAGCCAAAGUUUGGAAUCUUGAGUUUCCUGCUCGAAAGUGUGCUGUCUGGUCAAGUCGAAGACGCCGUGAUUUGCCCCGUGAGCACACAGUACGACAAAGUCAUCGAAGUCGAUCUUCGUGAUUUCAUCAACGAGCAGAAACUUCGACUCACGACUUUGCCACCUCACAUCAAAUCUCCUGAGGAUGUUGCUCUCAAACGUCGUCUUCUAACUACCCUUGGCUACAAGGUGCUCUCUGACAUCAAUGCCGUCUCUGUAGUCAUGCCUACCGCUCUGGUCGGAACCGUCCUUCUCACCCUUCGUGGACGCGGUGCCGGCAAAUCAGAACUCGUGCGUCGAGUUGACUGGCUUACGGAAAGAGUAAAGAAGCAAGGUGGACGUAUCGCUCACUUUUCCGGGCUUCCAACCACCGUCGUUGUAGAGCGUGCUCUUGAAGUGCUUGGGCAAAACCUGGUUGGAGAAUACAAAAAUCUGCCCGAGAAGACUUACUAUGCUGCAGAUCGAUUCCAACUCAGCUUCUACCGCAACAUGACCAUUCAUUUGUUCGUGUCGGAAGCACUGGUCAGUGCUGCACUAUACACAAGAGUCAAAAUGGGCGGCGGUCCAGAGAAUCAGAGUAUUUCAUACAAUGACCUGUAUGAUUACGUCUUCUUCCUCUCGCAAGUAGGUUGUUCCCUCUCCCUGGCCGUUCUCAUACUAAUGUUGCAANNGCUCUUCCGUGGCGAAUUCAUCUUCCCAACGACACCUUUGGCAGAGAAUCUCACCAACACAUUGACCGGGCUCGAAUCAGACAAUAUCAUUUCAGUCAGCCGGUCCGAAAAUGACGGCAACACAAUCGAAUCGAUCUCACUCGACGAGUCAGAGCGCCUCUCAGGCCGUGAGAACUACGACUUUUACUGCUUCCUGAUCUGGCCAUUCAUCGAGGCCAGCUGGUUGGGUGCCAUAAGUCUCUUGAUGCUUACAGCUCCUUUGCCCAAUGUUUCACAACAAACCUCGCUACCGUUGAACGCUGUCGUUACUCAAGCACAAAGACUAGGCAAGACCUUGUAUGCCCAGGGAGACAUCUCGUACCUCGAAGCAGUGAAUCGUGAAACGCUGCGGAAUGCGUAUACAAGGUUCGCCGAAAGUGGGAUCAUCUCCAUCACAUCGCCAUCCAAGGACGGAAAGAUCCCCGCUGCUGUUCAUCUUACUACUGAGUGGUUGCCUGAGAGGACAGAGGAUGGACAGAUCAAGGCACAAGGAAAGCUUUGGGAGUUUUGUGAGAGCAUAAGUAAGGCAAGGCGAGAAGGAAAGAACAGACGUGAUGGCAACACGGUUGUGAGAAGAAUCUUUGGUUUGGUGGAGUUGGUUGGUGCUGGCUUGUGGAAGGAUGUCGAACCGUCUACAGUGGCUGUGCCUGCCAAAGAGGGUGCACAGUGGAAGGCCAAGAGAAGGGAGAUUCGAUCUUCGCCAAAGCUAUGA